AGGCUCCUGCGGCUAUUUCCGCUCCGGAGGGCAAAGGCAGACAGCAGGCGGGACGGCUCCGGGAGGGUUCUGGUGCACGCGUGACAGCAGCGUGGAGACUCCCUGAAAGCAGAGCGGAGGGUCCCCCGAAAGUGUAGCGACCCGAGUCCUGCCCGGCUCCUCCAUGCUUGGCUGGAGGCGGCUGGCUCUGGCCGGCUCCCAGGUGCUGCGCCGCGGCGCCGGGGGCCUGGAUGCUGCCGGGCGCUUCGGGAACAGUCUUUGUUUUUACAGAACAGACAUCUGGCUGUUAGUUAGAAGUCUCCAUGGCAAGAGUGGCACUUGGUGGGAUGAGCAUCUUUCUGAAGAAAAUGCUGAGUUUGUUAAGCAGAUGGUCUCCGAAGAAAAUAAAGCCCAAUUAGCAAGUAAACUGUGCCCUCUGAAAGAUGAACCGUGGCCCAUACAUCCUUGGGAACCAGGUUCCUGUAGAGUAGGCCUUGUCGCAGUGAAGCUGGGAAUGAUGCCUUUAUGGACCAAAGAUGGUCAAAAGCAUGUGACCACUUUACUUCAGGUACAGGACUGUCAUGUGCUACGAUAUACUCCAAAGGAAAGUAAUGAUGGAAAAAAUGCAACUCUCACUGUAGGAGGAAAAACCGUAUCCCGUUUUUAUAAACGUAAAUCCAUAUUGGAAUUUUACCAAGAACUUGGAUUGCCACCAAAACAGAAAAUUAAAAUCUUUCGUGUAACAGAUAAUGCUGUAAUUAAGCCAGGUACUCCUCUUUAUGCUGCUCACUUUCGCCCAGGACAGUAUGUGGAUGUCACAGCCAAAACCAUUGGUAAAGGGUUUCAAGGUGUCAUGAAACGAUGGGGAUUUAAAGGCCAGCCUGCUUCUCAUGGUCAAACGAAAACUCACCGGAGACCUGGAGCUAUUUCAACUGGUGAUGUCGCCAGAGUCUGGCCUGGAACUAAAAUGCCUGGGAAAAUGGGAAACAGAGAUAGGACAGCAUUUGGACUGAAAGUGUGGAGAAUAAACACGAAGCACAAUAUAAUCUAUGUAAAUGGCUCUGUACCUGGACAUAGAAAUUGCUUAGUAAAGAUCAAAGAUUCUAUACUACCUGCAUAUAAGGAUUUCUCCAAAAAUCUACCAUUCCCUACCUAUUUUCCUGAUGGAGAUGACGAGGAACUACCAGAUAAUUUAUAUGAUGAAAAUAUGUGUCUACCCAGUGCACCUUCUAUUACAUUUGCCUAACCUCACUGGGCAUGGCAGAACCUCACCCUCAAAUAUUGUAUUAGUUUUGAUGAGCCAGAACAACAACAGAACCAGGAAUUUAUUUUGAUUUCUUAGUCAAAACAAUAUCACACUUGUCAAGGGCAUAAUAUGUCAUUAUCUCCCAAUGGAAUUUUUAAAAUUAUCACAUUAAAUAAAUUAAGUAGAUUAGAUAUGCCAAAUUUAGAUGGACUGGGUCCAUGUGCAUAUUAAUAAAAUCUUUGUAGGUUUCAUCUUUUUUUUACUAUAUAUUUUUCAAGUUAUCUUAAGAUGUUCAUAAAGAUUUGUUUUUGUGAAAUCAUGUCAAAGCAUAUGGGGACUAUGAUAUAACCUAUUUAGGUAAUAAAAUCCAUUUCCUAAAAUUCAUUUUUAUCAGUUUUCUAUAUUUUAGAGUCCUGAAGAAGGAAAGCAAGUGAGGUUUUUAUUUAAAUUACAGAAAUAUAUAUGUUAUAGUUAAAGGCCUGUCAAAGACAAUUGUAUAUUAUGGGUCUUUUUUACACUUUUGUUGAGAGGAAUAGUUAUUUUUUAGUUUGAUCACUUAACUAUAAGGUAGGUAAAACCACUGUUCCUUGGUGCCUUCUUUAAAGGAUUUGAAAUGGCCUGGGAUUAUACGUUCACACUUUUAUUAAGCACUUAUUACUGAAAAUGUUAAUGGCUCCUGGGUUUCACUUCAUUAUAUGAAAUUAAAAUGUGCUUUCUAAUUGCUACUUAUGACAAAUAAUUAAGCUUAACAAUGUAAGUAUAACAAUGUAAGUAAAAGCAGGCCUCAUUUAACCACUAAAUUAACUCUGGACCAGGUUCCUGAGGCCCCACAGCACUCAUUUUAACUCCAGAUGUUUUCCGACACUUGAUUUAUAUGGCCACCCAAGAGACUUACUAGCCAUAGUGUUAGGUCUCCACCUAAUUUCCUGGUAACUGGUGGAUUAUUAAAAGUUCCCACAGUA